AUGUAUAUUUCACCUGAAAUUAUUUAUCCACAAGAGGAUUUUAAUACUUUACUUGAAAGUUUUCCUGAGAGACAUGCUCAAAUUGUGUUUGAACAAGCCUUUAAAGACGAAAUUAGUCAGUCUAUCGUUUUUUACACCAACGGUUCCAAGAUCGAAGAAAUUUCGGCGGUGGGGGCGGCAUGCUACUCCCCUCAAUUGAACCUUGAAUUAAUGGAUAAACUCCCACAAUACACCUCUGUUUUUUCAGCAGAGGCAUGGGCUAUAUAUAAUGUAAUAAUUUCCUUAAAAACCUUUGACAUAAAGGAUGCGGUCAUAGUCACGGAUUCAAAGAGCACCCUGCAGGCAAUUCAGAACACGAGCUCAUAUAAAAAUAACUAUAUUAUUCCUUUGAUUAAAGCUUCACUGGAGGCGGCGCAGGACGAUGGAAUUUGCGUACAAUUUAUUUGGGUGCCCUCUCACAAGGGCAUCCUGGGUAAUGAGCGAGCUGAUGAGUUAGCUAAGAGAGCUAUAAGAAUAGGCAGAACCACUAGCUUUACGAUUCCCCUUUCUGACCUUUUUACUCUCACGCUCUAA